CCUCCUUUUAGCCGCUGCAUUCUCUCUUUUAUCUUGAUACUAUUUUUUUACCUUCUUUGCUCUAUUAUUAAUAUUUGCUCAAACAUCUUGAUGAAUUAUAUGCAAGAUACAGCAUGCCAACCACAAUUGACCAUGAUGGAAUUAUUUCCUUUCGACAUUGUCGUCGCCAUUUUUUCACACCUCAGCCAGCAAGACUGUUUAAACGCCAUGGCAGUAUGUCGCAACUGGUGCGAUCGGAUACCACAGUACACGGAAGAUAACUGGCGAGCACUAAGGCUUUCGAGACGUGAUAUCAAUGGCAUGCUAAACCAUCGUCGUCGCAGCCGUUGUCUCGGGAAACAUGUAAAAUGUGUCAAUAUCUGUUCUAUCAUGAAAGAACACCAAGUGCUCGCCAUAUUGCGUAAACUUCUGGCCUGGGGCUGUACUGAAAUCGAGUCGCUAGCAUUCAAAUCAUGUAGUGCUACAAUGAAUCAAGAUGCGUUUCUUGAUGUUUUGCGACAACUCGCGAAUCGUCGACUAACACACUUGACAUUAACUCAACAUGGAUCCAACAUUGGAUUUGUUCCCGUACUUCAAGCCUGCCCGCAACUUACACAUUUUACGUACAAACCAACGAAUACGAUCCAAAAAGAUGUUUACAAAAACGAGCCAUCCUUGGCAAACAGCAAAAAUAACGAAUCAGCAGCAACAACAACAGCAAUGGCGACGACGAAAUUUGACAACCUCAUCUAUUUACACAUUGACACCGCAUUACACAUACAAGACCGUCUAGAGCCCAUUCUGCAAAAAUGUCCCAAUCUCCAAUAUCUCCUUGGGGCAAGUUCAACUUCCUGCGACUAUCUCUUGUACUGUGUCACUUCCUCUUCUUAUAACGGUGAUUUUAUCGACCUUGACAAGCUACUUUCAUGGUGUCCAAAACUAGUAUAUGUUUCGGCCGAUGGUGUCUAUCAAGAACAUGACGACGAUGAAGUGGAAGUAUUUGCAUCAAUAGCGUUGGCUGAAAAGCCAUUAAGGAAAUGUAUUACUGAUACCAAGGAUACCGAUGACGAGGAUGGCAAUGACGAACUGCAGCAACCAUCACAACAGCUCUGUCACCUAGCUACAUUUGAACAUUACGGUUACGAUCAAAUUUCUCAAAUAUUACGACAAAACCAGGAUAAACUCGAAUAUCUGCUACUUUCUCGGAGGGAGGAUGAAGAAGGUCGCGACUGGUCCCCUGUUUUUCGAUCCUUGGAUACCCCAUGUCUUCAGACGCUUGACUGCGAAUAUAUCGAAUUCGAUACCGGCUCCAUCGUUAAUCUUCUGAACACAUGUCGUGACAUUCAAACAAUAAAUCUGCAUCAUUAUUUCGCCACAUUCACACAGCAAACGGUCCGAAACCUACACACCACGUUACACCAACUUCAUAGUCUACGACUGACUGGCAUUUCAUUUGCUGAUGAGGGAUCUGCAAUCGCAUUGCUGCAACGACUUCCGAGUCUAAAGGUGCUCAUCAUCCAGGAGUCACGGAUCUUAUUGGCGGAGCGGGCUGCUAUGUUUUUAAGAAACCUGAAACAGCUGGAGCUGUGGAAUAUGGAUCCACCAGAAGAGAACACCAACGGCAGCGAUAUCGAUGACAACAACCUUAACAGAGAAGAAAUCGAACAGCGGCAACAAGCAGCAGCAGUUAUACUUCCUAGUUUGUUCGAGUCAUUGUCCAUGCCAUCACACGAAUCGAAACUCGAGAUUGUACGACUGGUGCGAAUACCAACUGUUAAUACACGUCAACUACUCCUUGCUCUGGCACAUAUACCCACACUCAAACAUAUUGAUAUCCGACUUAGCGGUACGCUCGAUGGUGAUGAUGAUGAUGUAAACAAGGAUGAUAAUGACAUAAUGCUCAAAUUUGUCCUGAAGCUACGCGAAAGAACAUCAUCAUCGAUCGAACAGCUUGUACUUCGGCACGUUGGUCAUUUUUGCUAUUCGGCCCUUGAUGCAUUAGGCGAUUUCCCACAGUUGAGAAAGCUGGACAUACGGUUCCCUCCUGUGAUGAAAACAAGAUUCCCCAAGGAAAUAUCACUGCAUGGUAUUUCACAACUGUUGCGCAAGAGCAAGAGCUUGGAGACGGCUGAAUUUGGCGAAGCGGCUUUGGCGAAGCAUCCACCAAAAAGUACCCUUGAGAAACUUUUACGAGAAGAAGACAUCAAUAAUUACAUUGUCAGACCCGGCUUUUCACGGAAAAGCUGUGAUAUGUAUGUUGAAUAUUUCACAGUUAUCCGCUGUCAUAAAAGUGAAUAAAUUAUACCCUUGUGUUUUUGGCAGCACUUUUGGGAUGGUUGUUUUAGAGUGGAAAGUACCAGGGUCAACCGAUAGUGAACAUAUCAGUCAGCGUAAUUGUUCGUAUACUGUACCGUUUAAACCCGUCUUUAGAUUUAACUCAUUAG